UCACUUUCUCUUUUUUGGAACUGGCCAAGGCAAUACAGCAUAAAAAUUGCGAUAUGCUCAUUGGUCAUUUUAAUUUAAAUAAAUAAAUUCUUUUAAUUAUAUUAAGCAUAGAAAAAUUUCCGAUUUCCCCCUCCCCUUUUUUUUUCCCUCUCUCUUUUUUAUUUUUUAUUUUUAAUUUAUAAUAAAAGAUUAUAUAUUGUGAGAAACAAUUAUGGUGAAGAAAGAGAUAGUAUUAGAGUUAGAUUUAACUGAUACAAAAAUGAAUACAUCUUCCACAACAGAAGAUUUAAACAAUGCAGAGGAUACAAAUCAAGAAAAAUCUUCUUUAAAGACAAAAAGUAAAAAAGAAUUGAAAACACAAAAAUCUUUAAAAAAGACAAAGUCAUUGCCUGAGCUUGGAAACAUGAAUAACAAAAAAGAAGAAAAGGAUUCUAAAAAGAAAAAAAAGACCUCCAGAAAAAAGACUAUUAAAAAGGAAGGUAAUAAAGAAGAUGCAGUUACUGAUACUGCGAAAACCCUUAAUAAGAAGAAAUCUAAGGAAGAAAACGGUACUGCGGAACAUCAACAACAGAAAAGUGAGAUUAUUUCUCAGCAAACUCUAAAUGAGGAUAGUACUAAACCUGAAAAGCGCAGCAAUCACAAUGAAAAAAGAAAGAUGCCGUCCAAGAAGGUUUCCAGUAAUGACGAUGAAAUAACAUACACGGUUGAUUAUAAUAGUAUAAGGGAAGCUCUAUCUGAAUCAUUUAGCUUAGAUGAUAGGCAUAAAUCUGUACAUUUUGCUCCGCUAAUUAUAAAGUCUAAAAAGAAGAAACAACUACCCUUACCUCAAGUUUCUAAAUCUGCUUCACCAUCAAUACCUGUAGAUCAGUCUCCAAGGACCUCAAAUACUUCUUCACCUUCUGCUAAGAUUCAUAAUAGAUCGACAUGCUGAGGUUCCUCCUCCUCCUAGUUUGACUACCAAUAAUACUGCGGACAAAAAGAAAAAAUCUUUAAAAACUACGCAUAAUGAAA